UUGGCACUAAUAAUUUAGACGAAGGCUGACUGAUUUGCCAAAAUAUAGACAGCAACCAAUCCUUGGGACUGACUGAAUUACUGUACAGAGGGUGAAAAUGAAUCUAAAUUUCACGUCUCCGGCCCAUCCAAUGCCCUCUCAGAGGCCAACAUCAUUCUUUAUUGAAGAUAUUUUGUUGCAUAAGCCCAAGCCUUUACGAGAAGUAUUUCCAUCACCCUUCCACUCAUUGGCAUCGAGGGUACCUCUUCUGGAGUACGGGUACCCCCUCAUGCCAACGCCGAUACUGGCACCACACCCGCAUCACCAUCUUCACAAGCCGGACCAUCACCCUUAUUUCUUAACAUCGCCUGGUAUGCAUGUCCCGGCCUUAUUUCAGCACCACCCCGAGAUACCCGGAAAGCACUGCCGACGGCGUAAAGCCAGAACGGUCUUUUCAGACUCUCAGCUUUCGGGUCUGGAGAAGAGAUUUGAGGUCCAGCGGUAUCUCUCUACCCCCGAACGAGUAGAGCUGGCUUCCACCCUCAGCCUAUCAGAAACACAGGUAAAAACGUGGUUUCAGAACAGAAGGAUGAAGCACAAAAAACAGCUGAGGAAAACAAUCGAGGAACAAAAAAGCCCGAACGAUCUGGACCCGAGCCAGGAGCACAACUCCGGCGAAACGGAAGGCAGCGAGAAAUUCUCUUCCGAAGUAAAGACUAUUUGCAACCAGGACUCGUACAUCUCGGAGGACAACGAAGACGAUGUUGACAUCGAAGAUGACGAUGUUUGCUCCCAGGAGCAUUUGUUAUAAUCGAGGUGUGUUGUACGCAAGUGACACUGAACACAUACAAACAAAACUCUCAAUGUGUCUUUGAGUUCUAGCAGCUGGAAUCAUCUACCACCGUCCAAAAACGAGAGAGAAUCGAGUUUUUCUUAUAUAUUUAAGAUGCGUCCU